AUGUCUCAACGCCAUUCCUCUCAAGAAUCUAAUACCCGUGAUGCCCUGUCAGAAUGUGUGCCUUGUGUAGUUGGGGGUUCUGGCAAGGUUGAUGCUAUCUUCGCCAAGUCCUUGAUCAUUGGCGCCCGGGAAUCUGUACAACAGAUACUUUCUGUUGCCGUCUGCCAGCAUUAUUACAAAAAUUUCAAGGAGGUCUACCCCAACACCUGGAAAAUAACCCUGGAAACUUAUGACCAGGCCCCAGUUCAUCCGGACAUACCACAGGCUGGUGCUCAAUGUGUGCAACAUUUCGAGGAGCGCCAGAAGAAUUUGGUCAAACUGGUCAAAACUCUUGCAAAAAACCAUAUUUUUGAAGUUGCACUACUCAUGGCUGGGAACAAUGUAAAGGAAGACGGGGCUCUUGGAACUAGCCAUACUACACGAGGAGCUGAAAAUUUCUUCCAGGAUAGAUGUCGGGCAAGCAACAAUGACAUCAUCGGCCAUUUUAAAGCCCAUAUAUAUAAUAUUAUUCCGCUCAAUGCAAUAGCAGAGGGGCUUGAUGGCACCGUGGAAUACGCACCACGCUUGUCCAUUUCAUACAAACUCAUUGCCCUUCCCUUUGCAGAGAAACUUGGCUGCAAAUUCCUUUUGGGAAAGCUAUUCCCUUGGAAGAAUUUGCCUAGCAAGAUGGCCACACACAGUGUCAUUGCCGUCAACUGGCCUGGAGAUAUGCUUAUGCCAGGUCAACAAUGGACUCCUGGUUCUAAAUCCAAGGGUAUUUCUGACCUCACCCUUGCUGAGCGUACAAAGCUCCUCAACAGCCUCAAGGACUCUCGCCUAACAGCCUACAAUAUGCUUGUCAACUCUAUCAAACCCGUCAUCAGAGGUGCCGCACCUCCACCUCACUCUGCCCACCUGUUUAGUCAAAGGGAAUUUGCAAACAUGAAGGUCAAUCGGAAGGGAGUGCCAUGCCAAGAAGACAUCAAUGAAGAGCCUCGGGAAUGUAGUGUAGAGGCCCACAACAAGGCUCCCAGUGGGAGUAGAGUCAAGGCUGUAAAGAGGAGGAAGGUCGCCAUCAACAACAAUGAGUCUGGGAUUAAUGGUAAAGUGGCUCGCCAAAAGGCUCCCAGUAGAAUUAAGGCCGGGAAGAGGAAGAGGGUUGAUGUCAGCAACAACAAGUCUGAGGAUGGUGGUAAAAAGGAUCACAAAAAGGCGUCCAGCAGUAGAGUCAAGGCUGGGAAGAAAAAGGUCAAGGUGGUGCUUGUCGCCCCACCAAGACCCUUUAAGAAGCCAUGGGUUAAUCCACGCAAAGCCCAUAGCCAGUGGGGUAAACAAGACAACUCAUCUGGAGCAUGAAAACACCACAGACAUUGGCAAGCCCAAGACAAGGGUGUUGUUACCCCACGCAGAAAGAAAGUCAAAACCAAUGUUGUCAAUGAUGAGAACUGUAGUUAGAAAACCACACACAAAACAAACUAGCACACAAUCCUCCCAGAUUCCACCGAACUUGUGUAUGGGUUUUGCCUUCUAGAACAGUGAAGUGGUCUGGUUGUUUGUGGGGUGGUACAUAUGACAAUCCUUCAAAGUAAAACCCAGAGAUGUAUGGGUGUGGGUUUUGAGGAGGAGGGAUAGUUGAAUUAUAGAGAAUAAGGGCUUAGUGACGAGUUUGGACAAGCACUACCUUGCUAAUCGUAGCACAAGGUAGUUUGAGAACGACAAGAUGAUGAGGUGACAAGGUUCCCAGUGAUAGCAGGCUCCUGAUGCACAGACUGUAGUG